UGUUUAUGUUGUGAAUUUUGUAAUCUGUGGUAAUGGUAAAUUUGUAGCUACCAAACGUCUAGCCAAACGUGAAACUUACUGUAAAUCCUCAAUGAAUUAUUGAGCGGAUGCUGCGGUUCGAUGACAUUCCGUUCGUAGACAAAUCGAACGUUUAAAGUAACAUUUAGUGGAAAGUCAUCCAGAUUUCCAAAAGUUUGCUGUUUGAAGAUAGAAGAAAGAAGAAUUAAAAAUAAACUUUAAAAAUAAAAUUAAAUAAGUGAUAAAAGUUUAUGGCCAUUCUCUGGCCAUAAACUGUUAAGUGUUUAGUGCUUCAAGAUGGACCUCCCCGACUGUCCUCCUGGAGCGGAGGGUUAUCAAGAUUCUGUGACAGAAGUGCCUAAGAAACCAGAUAUUGACGAAGAAACACCUUGUACUAAGGCCGAACAGGAGUUUCAACAACAUCUUAACAGUUUGAAGAUCAAGACCGAAGAUGGUGGGAUCCGUUGUAUGGUGGAACGACGCGGGCGGGAUAUUUCCGGCAAAUGGAUAUACUUAUGCUAUCCUUGUGCUGCUAUGUGUAGCGGGGAGAGCAUUUUACAGACUCAUAUAUCUGGGAAGAAGCACAAGAAUAAGCUCUCCAUGAAAACUAUUUGGCCUCUGAGUAUUUUUGAAGAACAUCCAUAUGUAUUGAAUGAAAAAGGAGUCUCAAAGACAGCAGCCACAGAAAAAGUCCUGCAAAAGAUGGCACAAGAGGUGGAAGACUUCAAGAAGACUCCCUCAGAGCUGGACCUGAAGUACGACAAAUUUCGUAACGUGCGCUGCCACAUCCAGGAAACAUUGGAUAAUGUCAAGGCUCCGCUGCUGGGCGUUGAAUACCUGGUGGAGCACCCGCCGGAGGAGGACCACCACGAGCCCUCGUACAUCUGCGUGCUGUGCGUGAAGCAGGGCUACCCGCGCACCAUUGUCAACCACCUAACCUGUUUCUGGCACCGCUACCACUACCUCCAACGUCACUUUGGCAAGGCAUGCGCGCUGCUGGCGCCGUUCCGUUCUCAGGGGAAGUACCGCGAGGGCGUUUCCGUCAUCAUGAAUCGCCUCGCAACGCGCAUCGAGGACAAAUACGGCCGUCUGAGGCCCGUCAACGUCGACAAGGACGUCUACGAGCAGGAGAAAAAUCAAAUCCACCAAUGGAUCUUUAAAGGGUAUCACUUCAGUGAAACGGAUGAUUGUACUUUUGAAGAAGUUGUCGAUGCUGAUUUAAUAUCAUCUCUCGAUACUGGUAACAAGCACAAUAUAAGAAAUCGUGACCCGUCACCUCCCGUCGUCGCCGCCCCCUCGAAACCUACUAAUAAUAAUGCGGCGCGGCGCGCGCCCGCCACGGAGCCGCUGUCCGACGUCAGCGACGAGUCCGAGCCCGCCGAGCGCGAGCGCCGCGACCACAGGCAGAAACUAGAGUCGAAGCGCUACGAGCCGUAUCCCGAUAAACGCAAGUCGGAGAAUCCAUUCCUUUCGCGAUUUGCCAUAAAGAAUAAGGUUGCUGGUUCUAAGGAGAAGGUGGCAGAGAGUCGCAGCGGGCAGCGGGCGUCCAACUACGAGUACAAGCACAAGCUGGCGGCCGAGCAGCGCCAGAGCGCCGAGGAGCUGGCGCGCAAGGCGCUCGCCUACCACGAGAAGAACCCCGAGAAGCACCCGCUCUACCCCGACGAGUGGAAGAAGUUCUGGAACCGGCGCUACAAGGAGAUCCAGACCGAGGGCAAGGACCCGUCGAAACAUGACUUCAAGCCAGAGUGGAUCGUGUUUUGGACGACACGCAUGAAGGAGCUCCACGAAGAAGAGCUGCGAGCGACCGUCACCGAGAUCUACCGCCGCCUGUGCCUCACCCCGCCCGACCGCCUCGACGCCAGGAAAUCUCCAAAUCAUCGCAAAUCGUCUGAGCGCCGUAAAUCUUCAGACCGCGUGCGAUCAUCGGAUCGUCGUCGGUCUCCAGAGUCCCGACACCGGUCACCUGUGCUCCGGAGGCGUAGCCCGGAGCCCCGGAGACGAUCGCCAUCCAGGCGGAACUUUAACCCACCAAAACGUGAAUAUAGAGACCGACGGUCUCCAGAGCGUCGCUCACCCAUACGGCGUCGUUCUCCUCUGCGACACUUGCGUACGCGUUCCCGCAGUCCCAUACACAAGUCAGAGGGUCGAGACGGGCGGGAGAUCCAUGAAGGGCGAGCUCGUCGGGCUCGUAGUCCGCUGUCGCGUCGCGAGUCGGCGCCGCGCAACCACAGCCCCGCGCGCGCGCCCGUCGUCACUGACACCGUUCUCAUCUCUGACGAGGAGCUCAAGCCCGACGACGGCCUGUCGCCGUGGAACUCGGAGGAGUCGCUGGGCUCGCUGCCGGACGCGCGCUCGCCGGUGGCGCGCGGCUCGCGGGCGGGCAGCGUGGGCUCGCGGGCCUCGCGCGCCUCGCGCGUCUCGCGCGUGCCGUCGCGCCGCCCGCAGGACUUCGGCGCCGCCGACCACGUGGUGGCCACGCUGCGCCUGCUCGUGGCCCUCGAGGACUACCUGGGCAGCCUCGGACCCAAGGUCGUCGACCUGCUCGCCGAAGCGCUUAAGAUGGAGAAAGAGAAGGCGAACUCGUCCGAGGAGCUGCUGGAGUCGGAGCGGGCCGUGGUGCUGAUCGAGACGGCGAAGGAGAAGCUGAAGGGCGCCGUGCAGGCGGGGCUGGUGCCGGGCGGCGCCGCCGCCGCCGUGCGCGCCGCCGUGGUGCGCGCCGCCGCCACGCUGCACGAGGCCGACACGCGCACGCGCAAGCGCAAGGAGCAGGAAGCGUCGGUGGCGGCGAGCGGCGGGCAGUCGGCGGUGCCGGUGGCGGGCGUGGGCGCCGUGGACCGGGAGGAGAUCGCGCAGCAGAUGGCCGCCGCGCUGGUGGCGCAGGGCAAGACCGACGUCACCGCCGAGGAGCUGGCGCAACUCGUCGACGCCGUCGUGGGUAUGGCUGAAGCCAAGAAAAAAGAAGCUGAAUCGAAAAAGAAAACGGAGGAAAGGAAAAUGAAUGACAAGUCAACCGGGGCUCCAUCUUCAGGUACAGCGUCAGCACUUCAGCUGUUGCAGUCUGCAUACGAAGACAAGAAAGUUGAGAAAGAAGAUGUAUCAGAUGCAAUGGAUGGUUUAUCAGACUCGGAUUUGGAAACAUUAUUAAAGAAUUUCAAUGAACUCUCUGCAGAGGAACAACAUAGUCUUAUAGCUUAUCUUAAAAAGCUUGAAGCCCGUGAACCGCAACGCGUUGAGAGGUUGAGACAAUACGUAGGCGAUGCGGCUAAUGUUCCGACGCCUGAAGAACAGGCUAAGCCAAGCAAUAUAGCGCCGAUUCCCAUUGCAAGUGACGAUGACGAUGAUUACACUGUUGAGGAUGUGUUUAAAUCAGCCACACAAAAAGUGAAAGAAGAUCAAAUACGACAAGAAAUGGAAAUAGUAAAGAAGUCUAUAGAAGAAUCAAAAGCUUCACCAAAGAUGGUUGAAUCUACAAUGACAACAGCAACUUCAGAUGAAGUAAAAAAAGAUAUUUUUUCGGCAACCGAUCUUUUAGCAUUAGUUCAAGCAUCGUUGCAAUCUACCCGUGCCCCUACUGCAACACAAACAUCAGAAGUUGUUACUAGCAAUAUUCAGCCAAGAUCUUUUGGUGAUUUACCUGAAUCAUCUGUGAUGGAAAAGCCUAAUCAUCAUCCACCAAAUUUAUUUGGCACUCAAUUAGUAGCCAAUCAACAAGGUCUUAGAAUUCCUCCAAAUGCAUCAAACUACGGAGGAAAUCACAAUUCAAAUGAAAUUCGUCCACCAGUUUGGGAGUCAAGACAAGUUUCCGAUAACAGAGAUGUCCAACAGGACAAUUUAUACAAUCAGAGAAUGAGGCAGCCUCAGGAUAAUUAUAAUCAAGGUCCACAAAAUAACUAUAAUAAAAACCAACGUGGUAUUCAAGGAAUUUAUGACCAGGAGCCCAGAGCACACCAAGGCAACUUUAACCAAGGCCCUAAGAACCCACAGGACACUUAUAAUCAAGGUUUACUAGGUCCUCAAGAUAAUUAUAGUCAAGGGUUAAAAGGAGCUCAAGAAAAUUACAACCAAGCCUCACAUGGGGCUCAGGGACCAAGACCAUCUCAAGACAAUUUUCUUCCAGGACCAAGAGGACUUCAAGACCAAUAUGGACAAGGACAAAGAGGAUCUCAAGACAAUUUUAAUCAAGCAUUACGGUCUCAAGACAAUUUUAAUCAAGGGACUCGAGGACCGCAGGAUAUCUAUACCCAAGGAUCUUUUGGACCUCAAGACAAUUAUGACCAAGGAUCUCGUGGACUUCAGGACAAUUAUAACCAAGGAUCUCGUGGACCAAUGGACAAUUAUAAUCAGGGUCCACAAAUCAACUUAAAUCAAGGAAGAGGUCUUCCAGAAAAUUUUAAUCAGGUACCUAAAAGUUUAUUAGAUGGCUUUAACCCAGGGCCAAGAAACCAAGAUCAGUCUUAUGGGGCAGGAAGAGGAUCAAGUAAUAAGAAUUUUAAUAAAGGAACAAGCAGCAACUUUAUGGGUAACAGAAUGAAAGACAACUUUAGUAAUAGGCAGGAUGGAAAUCCACAAUCAUUUGGAGGUCAACAAUAUGGAAAUUUCGACAAAAAUAACUUUAGAGGCAGAGGCCGAGGAUUUACAAAACCAAACAGAGGCCGCGGGCGCGGCUACUAUUAAAAUAUAUAAACUAAAAUUAAUUCAUUAAUGUAUUUUGCAUUCGCACACUAUUUGUGGAUUAUAUUUGAAUAUCUAUAGUUAUAAAAUAAAUAAACAGGAUUAAGUAA